CCAGACUGGCGUUGCUAUCAUACCAUAGCUUAGCUACUUGGCUCUAUCAAGUUUUACGUUGUUGACACUCGGCAAUACCAGCCUCGAAGCCAUUUGAACCUCUGCAGAACUUGACUGACCGCCUAGCAGCACAAUGAAGGACUAUGCGAGAGAGGAAAAUGGAGGUCUCGUUGUCAUGGCCUCGUGUAGCGAUGAGCGCUUCCCUCCGGAAAACAUGCUGGACGGGAAGGACAACACCUUCUGGGUAACCACCGGCAUGUUCCCGCAAGAGUUCGUGCUCAGACUGGAGUCUUGCAUUCGGGUGUCUAAGAUCACGACGUUGUCACUAAACGUGCGCAAACUAGCAGUAGAAAAGUGCGACCAGGACAAGCCAGACCAGUUCGAGAAGGUCUUUGAAGUCGAGCUCGCGAACCGCGGGGACAGGCUGCAAACGGAGGUGCAUCAGGUCAACAUCCGCGCCAAGUACCUCAAAUUCAUACUGCUGCAGGGGCACGGCGAGUUUGCCACCGUCAACCGCGUGUCGGUGGUGGGCGGCGACGACGACGGCGGCGGCUAUGAUGAGCCCGGCGGCGGCUACGGCAGCAUGCAGCGCCAGCCCAGCAUGGGGUACGGCGGCGGCGGCGGCAGCGCGGCGACGGGCUUCGCCGCGGACCCAGGCAACGCUGCUGCAGGCGGAGGCGGCGGCUUCGAGGACGAGUUCUAAAGCCAGCAAUCGAUGCGUGGCGACCGCCGGGGAGGAGUCGGCAGCGGGUGGUCCCGCUUGACGAGGACGGGGAGGGCGGGCAAGGAGGAGGCUGACGCUGUGGAACUGACGCGGUCGUGGGGCUAAUGCCUAAGGAUUGGGCGCCGCGCAGGGCCGCCGGAAGCGAUCGGAGGGCUUGCUAUGGGUGCGGUGCAUGAGCGCGGCAACCUGUUCCCGUGCUGCGGUUACGGUAUGAGCAAGAUGUCGCGGCGCAUGUAUAGGCUGCCGAGGGCAGUACGUAUCGAAGGGCCCCUGCACGCUGCAGAAGCGAGCAUGGCUGUGCCUUGGCUAGGACAAAAACCAAAACCCAGAAUCACGUCACAAUGCACCCUACAGUUGUACAUAACACACUUUACAAGACAGAGAUAAGGAGCGCCAUAUGAUUGGGCGGCAUGGACCGCAUAUGAGGGAGGAGCAUUGUGCAGGGGCAGUGGCACGCCGUGGCCGGGGUGCAUUUGCACAUUCGGCUUGGCGUGUAGCCGUGCACAGGGGCACCCCUGGACGUGCAUGUGUAAGCCUGGGACUCG